AAACUUUUACUGUGUGUUGUGUUCCCGUUCGAGUUCGACCUAAUUUCGCUCGAGACCUAAUUUUUGCGUGCGGAAUAGUUUUUCCCGAAAAAGUGAAGCCAGCGGAUAAACAAUAGCUGAAAGCGAGCGAUAGCCAAGAAAGUGAGAGUGAAAGUAAACAAAAGCGGAAAGAAGAACAACUCUGGCGUUGAUUAUGUGUGUGUACAUACGUAUAUAUUUAAUAUUUCCGAUGCGUCCAUAACGGGAGUGUGUUCUGGUUUCCACCCGUCCCCCGCGCCCUAGUCAUCGCCAUUCUGUUUGCCAAACCCUAAUUUCGGUGUGCAAUUUUGUAUAAAAAUGACCACAAAGUGGGAAGAUAGCGUUGUGUCAUAGAAUUGGAGCAGAGGCAAAAUUAGCAAAAGCCAAGCGGAAAAACAACAACACAGAAUGCCCAGUGGAACCCCAGUACAUAUGUGUAUAUAUGUGCGGUGCGAGCGUGUCAGUGUGUGCGUAGCAGGAAUUGCAAUUUAUAGUUGUUGUUUCUGAGAGCUUUCGCUUGUUGCGCGCGUGCGACGAUUGUGCAAGAAGUUCUUGGUGUGCGUUUGAAAUCGGGAAGAGGAAAUCGCCGAGAAUAGAGGAAGAGUAAAUGGCAAUAAAUGCAAAAUAAAUAAAAGAAAUAAGUAAAAAAAAUAAAAAUAAAUUGCCAAAUGCGUUUGGCGUCGCGUGUGUGUGCGUGUUCUGAAAUAUGCUGAAAGAGCUUUCGGAGAGCGAGAGCCAAAGAGAACGAGACGUAGAGCGAUGCGAUCCGGAGAAAUAGCAACAACAACAACAGCAACAGCGACUACGAUCGGCGAAAUGAAUCACACACAAGCUUUGUUUUGCGAAUUCUAAAUUCGCGUUCCGUUCUCCACACAUGCGAAUUCCCACACUGAGAGCGGGACAGAGACAGCGAGAGAGAGGGAGAGCAGCUACGGCUACAAAAACAGAAACAACAAGAAGACCAAGACAUAAUAAUAGAACUUUUGCUUUCGCUUCCAACUGGUUUUUGUAUACAUAAAAAGCGAGAGGGGAAGUGAAGGAGACAGAGAGAGACGGACAGCUUCCAGCGCUUCUUUUUCUUCCGCGAUCUUCGUCUUGGAAUUCAUGGAACCGGGCGCAUGCGCAACACACAGUACUACAAAAGGAAAUCCAACGACGUCAGCUGCAUGAAAGGUCUUUAAAGCAAUUAUAAACUUACAACUACUAUCGUUACCUGCCAUUAAGAAUCAACAAAACAAAUCCCACACAUCACAACGAAACGUACAAAAAAAAGAUAAAUUAUAUUAUUCAUAAAAUGGAUACCUUCAAUGUACCUAUGCUGGCGGAAAGCAGCAACAACAACUAUGCAACAGAAGCUACCAGCAAUCAUCACCACCUGCAACAUCAGCAUCAGCAGCAACAUCCACAUCAGCAGCAGCAGCAGCAACUCCUAAUGCCCCAUCAUCACAAGGAUCAAAUGCUGGCAGCGGGCAGUUCGCCCAUGCUGCCAUUCUAUUCACACUUGCAGUUGCAACAGAAGGAUGCAACUGCAGCAAUAGGACCUGCAGCAGCUGCAGCGGCAGCAGUUGAGGCAGCAACAACAUCGGCAAAUGCCGACAACUUCAGUUCAUUGCAAACGAUCGAUGGCAGUCAACUGGAUGGAGGCAUCUCCUUGAGCGGCUUGUGCGAUCGUUUCUUUGUGGCCAGUCCAAAUCCCCACAGCAAUAGCAAUAUGACUCUAAUGGGCACUGCGACAGGAGCAACAACUACCACUACCAACAACAAUAAUAAUAACAACAAUAAUAACACUAACAAUAACAAUAACAACAACGUGGAGGCUAAGACAGUGAGGCCAUCGAACGGCAAUUCGGUGAUCAUCGAAUCUGUGACGAUGCCAUCGUUUGCCAAUAUUCUAUUUCCCACCCAUCGCAGCGCCAACGAGUGCAUUGAUCCCGCCCUGUUGCAAAAGAAUCCCCAAAACAAUGGCACCAACAGUAGCAUAAUUGUGCCGCCCGUCGAAUAUCAUCAAUUGAAACCACUUGAAGUCAAUUCGUCGACUUCCGUUUCCACCAGCAACUUCCUGGCCUCCACAACGGCCCAGUUGUUGGACUUUGAGGUGCAGGUGGGCAAGGAUGAUAGCCACAUUAGCACCACUACGACCACAGGGCAAGGUUCUGGAACGGGAACGGCAUCGGGAUCGGGAUCGAGUGCAAGCACAAUGGGCACUGCAACGCCCACAACGACAACAUCCAUGAGCAACACUGCCAAUCCGACGAGGAGCUCAUUACACAGUAUUGAGGAGCUGGCCGCCAGUUCCUGUGCCCCGAGAGCAGCGUCUCCCAACAGCAACCACACUAGCAGUGCCAGCACCACUCCGCGGCAGCAGCAGCAGCAACAGCAUCACAUGCAAAGCGGCAACUACAGUGGCUCCAAUCUCAGCAGCGACGAUGAGUCCAUGUCCGAGGAUGAGUUCGGUCUGGAAAUCGACGAUAACGGAGGCUACCAGGACACCACCUCCUCACACUCGCAGCAGAGCGGAGGAGGCGGUGGCGGCGGCGGUGGCAAUCUGCUAAACGGCAGCUCCGGCGGCAGUUCCGCCGGCGGUGGCUACAUGCUGCUCCCCCAGGCGGCCAGCUCCAGUGGCAACAAUGGCAACCCGAACGCCGGCCAUAUGUCCUCCGGUUCCGUGGGCAACGGCAGCGGAGGCGCUGGCAACGGCGGAGCGGGCGGCAAUUCCGGUCCCGGCAAUCCCAUGGGCGGCACGAGCGCCACGCCGGGACACGGCGGCGAGGUGAUCGACUUCAAGCACCUGUUCGAGGAGCUUUGCCCCGUGUGCGGCGACAAGGUGAGCGGCUACCACUACGGCCUGCUCACGUGCGAGUCCUGCAAGGGCUUCUUCAAGCGCACCGUGCAGAACAAGAAGGUCUACACCUGCGUGGCGGAGCGAUCGUGCCACAUCGACAAGACGCAGCGCAAGCGGUGUCCCUACUGCCGAUUCCAGAAGUGCCUCGAGGUGGGCAUGAAGCUAGAGGCUGUUCGAGCGGAUAGAAUGCGUGGUGGACGCAACAAAUUCGGACCCAUGUACAAACGGGAUCGCGCGCGGAAGUUGCAAGUGAUGCGGCAGCGGCAGUUGGCGCUGCAAGCGCUGCGCAACUCGAUGGGUCCGGACAUCAAGCCAACGCCGAUCUCGCCGGGCUACCAGCAAGCAUAUCCAAAUAUGAACAUUAAGCAGGAAAUUCAAAUACCUCAGGUAUCCUCUCUCACCCAAUCUCCGGACUCGUCGCCUAGCCCCAUAGCGAUUGCGUUGGGACAGGUGAACGCGAGCACGGGCGGUGUAAUAGCCACGCCCAUGAACGCCGGCACUGGCGGCAGUGGGGGCGGUGGUCUGAACGGACCAAGUUCCGUGGGCAACGGCAAUAGCAGCAACGGCAGCAGCAGCGGCAACAACAACAGCAGCACGGGCAACGGAGCGUCCGGCGGAGGAGGUGGCAAUAAUGCGGGCGGCGGAGGAGGAGGAACCAAUUCCACCGACGGCCUGCAUCGCAACGGCGGCAAUGGCAACAGCAGUUGCCACGAGGCUGGAAUAGGAUCUCUGCAGAACACGGCCGACUCGAAAUUGUGCUUCGAUUCUGGCACACAUCCAUCGAGCACAGCCGACGCGCUAAUCGAGCCAUUAAGAGUCUCACCGAUGAUUCGUGAAUUUGUGCAAUCGAUUGACGAUCGGGAAUGGCAGACGCAACUGUUUGCCCUGCUGCAGAAGCAAACCUACAACCAGGUGGAAGUGGAUCUCUUCGAGCUGAUGUGCAAAGUGCUCGACCAGAAUUUGUUCUCGCAAGUAGACUGGGCACGGAACACCGUCUUCUUCAAGGAUCUGAAGGUCGACGACCAAAUGAAGCUGCUGCAGCAUUCCUGGUCGGACAUGCUUGUUCUGGAUCACCUGCAUCAUCGAAUCCAUAACGGCCUGCCCGACGAGACGCAACUCAACAAUGGUCAGGUGUUCAAUCUGAUGAGUCUGGGUUUGUUGGGGGUGCCACAGCUGGGCGAUUACUUCAACGAGCUGCAGAACAAGCUGCAGGACCUGAAAUUCGAUAUGGGCGACUAUGUCUGCAUGAAAUUCCUAAUCCUGUUGAAUCCAAGUGUACGGGGUAUUGUCAACCGGAAGACCGUCUCCGAGGGACAUGAUAAUGUGCAAGCCGCUUUGCUGGACUACACCCUCACCUGCUAUCCGUCAGUGAAUGACAAAUUCAGAGGGCUAGUUAACAUCUUACCGGAAAUCCAUGCCAUGGCCGCUCGCGGCGAGGAUCACCUGUACACCAAGCACUGUGCCGGCAGUGCGCCCACUCAAACGCUGCUCAUGGAGAUGCUGCACGCCAAACGCAAGGGGUAGAGGUCGGGAGAACGUGACACGGAAUACUUAAUCAUUUAUGAAAUGUAAAUAACAAGGCGGGAAGGCCCUCGGGGCAACCGGGAUAUGGAAGGCGAACGAAGGAUACAGCAGAAUUCCGUAUUAUGAAUACGGGAAUGCAUCAUCACUACUACCACCAACACCACCAACUAUCACACCUAUACACACACAUGCACACAUUUGUUGAUUCAAUGUUAAUUAUUAUUACGUUUACGGUUAGGUCUAGUUUACGUUUAACUAAUUAAUUAAUUUGUCUUAAAUUAAUUCGUGUUUUAUUUGUAGUCCCUGAUAAAGCAAUUUUAAAACACUUCAACCUAAACGAGAAUAUGUAGUAGAUGUAUGGAUUUAACUUUAAAUACGGCAAGGAGAAACACACUUUUUUAGGCAUUACAAAACAAAAGAAGCAUGAGAAAUUUUAUUUUUAUAUACCUAUAUGAAUACGAUACUUAUGGAUAAAAAUCUAUAUAUAUUUUUAUGUAAAUUGGCGUACUUUUAGCGUCCUACAUAUUUUUAAUUAGAAUUUGGUUAUACUAUAGUUUUCAGAUUAGUAUCGUUCCCACUUGAAGAUCGAUUCUUGUAUUUUUUUGCGCCAAGUGUCUUGCAUAGUAUUUGCGUCUAAUCUAAUGGCAACAAGAAAAUUGGAAAAUCCAUACAAAGAAAAUGAAAACAAAGCAAAUUUAGGUGUUCAUGGUAUGAAUGUAUGUGUAUAUUAUAAUUGUAAUUUCAUCUAAUUGUAAGAAAACAAUGCAAACAACUACCUACAACAAGAUAAUGAAGAGCAAGAAAUUAUAUAAAUUAAUAAAGAUCGUGUUAAAAACUAUAUAGAAAAUAUAUACUUACAUGUAUAUUUAAAUUUAGCAGCAAGUUUCAACUAUUUGUAAAUUUCAACCAAGAUGUAAUUGUUUCAAUAUCAACAACAAAGAAAAUGUAAAGCUUAUAUUUAAAAUACAAAAUAUAUUUUGUGCAAGAAAAGCGAUAAAAUCCAAUUAUAACAAUUUAAAAAAGCUGUAUAACACUUUAAAACUAAAAGUAAAAGAUGUUUAGUCAUGAAUUUGGGCAAUGAGGCGGAAAAGAAAUCGAAUUAAAGAAGAACUUGAAUAUUGUAAAAAUCAAAAUCGGAAUAAACAAACCAAAUAAACUAUUUUUAAUGAA